AUGUUUCUUCUUGAGAGCCACAUCGAACCAAGUUCUCACACCCUGUUCCCCUUCUCCCUUUCAAUCGAAAUUGGGAUAAUGGUGUCUCUGAUUUCGCCGCCACCAUCUUACAACAUUCAAUUACGCGAAACUCGCUUCUUCUCCACUCUCUUGCUCCCACCAAGAAACAUCCACUUCAAACCCCAAUGCAACUGCGAAAUUCAUAGAUGGAAAACGGUACGGUGCGGAAUUAUCAGCGCCAACGCGUCUCCUCCACCGUCAACGUCGUUGACAAAGGAACCUCACAAAUAUUUCGAUCAUGUAAUAAUCACCGUUCGUGCUGGAGACGGAGGUCACGGAGCAGUUAUGAACCAGAGAGUGAAAGAGGAACAGGAACAAGAUAAGGGAAAAUCGAAGAAGUUGAAGAAGAGAGGGUCUUUGAAGAGGGAUUUCGAUGGGUCCCUUAUACUCCCUAUGGGUGGUCAUGGAGGUGAUGUUGUCAUCUAUGCAGACGAAGCCAAAGACACUUUGCUUGAAUUUCAUAACAAAAGCCGCUAUCAUGCAAAACGCGGUCGAAAUGUCGAUGCAAUGGGCGUUUUGACUUCGCAGCUACGCAAUGGACUUGCUGCCCCCACUCUGCGUAUUCCUGUUCCUGUAGGUACAGUUGUUAAAAGCAAACGAGGGAAGAUGUUGGCUGAUCUAGCGCAACCUGGUGAUGAAGUUCUUGUUGCGAGGGGAGGCCAAGGAGGGAUUAGCUUGUUAGAAAUGCCACAGCAUAAAAGGAAAAAGAUGAUGGCUUUGACAACUAAUGUGAUGAGAGAUGACUCAGACAAGGUUUUAGUUCACGGUCAACCUGGGGAGGAAGUUAAGUUGGAGUUGAUCCUACGAGUUGUUGCUGAUGUUGGUCUAAUUGGACUUCCAAAUGCUGGGAAAUCAACACUUCUUGCUGCCAUUACACUUGCAAAACCUGAUAUUGCGGAUUAUCCUUUUACAACAUUAAUGCCAAAUCUUGGACGCCUUGGCGGUGAUCCCAGCUUGGGUGCAGGAAUGUACUCAUCUGAAGCUACAUUGGCAGAUUUGCCUGGUCUUAUAGAAGGUGCUCACUUAGGAAAGGGUCUUGGCCGCAAUUUUUUGAGGCACCUCAGGAGGACAAGGCUAUUGGUCCAUGUUGUUGAUGCAGCGACUGAGAACCCUAUAAAUGAUUACAGAACUGUUCGAGAAGAAUUGCGAAUGUAUAAUCCGGAGUACCUUGAACGGCCAUACAUUGUAGUUCUGAAUAAAAUUGACUUACCAGAGGCGAAGGACAGACUUUCAUCAUUGACUCAAGAAAUUAUGAGAAUCGGCAACGAUGGGGCUGCUUCUGAACCAAAACCAAUCUCUGAAGUUCCAGCUCAAUUGUCCAAUGAAAGUGACAGGAAAGAAAAAAAUCUUGAGGACUAUCCACGACCUCUUUCUGUUGUUGGAGUUAGUGUUCUAAAGGGUAUCAGGAUUAACGAGAUGUUAAAGGAGAUAAGGUCGGCUUUAAGGAAGUGCUCUGAUUCCAGUGAAGCAUUGGCUUUCAGUGUGCCACCUUGAGAUUCAGCUGCUAUAUGCUUUGUUAAACAACAUUGCAGCUCGACGAGGCUUUCUGGCGAAGACUGCACGUAAAUUGGUUCUGGUAUUAAUUUGUCUUUACCAGAGAAAGAAAGCUAAGAAAAUUCAGUUGGCUUCAGAGAAAAUACUUGCGUGAGACGAGUGUGUUCAAGUUCCUCGACCUCAUUGUUGUGACAUCAAGGUUGGCAAUUUGAUAAGAUAUGUUCUAUCAUUUGUAGUGAAAAUGUAAAGGAUUUAUGCAAUAUCAUUGCCAUGUAUAAAAAAAUCAUGAUGUCUGUUAGCUCCAUGUUGGCAUGGUAAUAGUAAGAGAACAAAGUGCAUGAUGGUAGUGUUCAUUUACUACUCUCAUUUCCGAUGUUAAUAUUGACAAACAAAACAUCGCCUUCUACGGAGUAGUGGAUUGU